CCAGACCAGCUCAUUUGCUUUGCUAGACAUUCAACCCAAAUCUCCAGCCUUAGCUCUGACAAGGCCUUGAACCUCAUUGCGCAGGUCAACCGCUACUGCAAUUCCUCUCUGCCAUCGGCAUCUGACCGCCAGCUUGCUACGAGUCUUGUUGCACAAGUCAAGACAUUUGACAGGCAGACUCUGGUGGCCUUGGGGCAGCAGGCGAUGGGGCUGACCACUGGUCAGAUUUCAAAUCUGACGGCGCAAGAUCUGGUGGACCCCCAGGUCUUGGAAUCGCUUGGGCAGGUCAAUGGCUGGAACAGGGGACAGUCCCAAGGGCUGGUGAACAAGAUCCUACGCAGCAACUUCAUGCUGGAUACCGCUGAGAAGUUUGAGAGACUUGGCACCCUGGCACAAGGGUUGCCCAGCAGCAGCUUUGACUCAAUCUCAGCAGAUUUGGCAAUUCAGCUGGCAAAGAAUGCCACCUUCUUGAGUGCUCUCAGGCAAGGCUCAGAACACUUAAGGAAGGCCUUUGUUAGCAAGAUCCUCUCAAACUCAUCCUCCCUCAGUGACAUCCUGAAUAACGUCCCAGAUGAUUUAGUGGACCAAGUCCCAAAUUCGCUACUGGUGAUUCGAGGCAAGAUCCCAGAUCUCCACAAAAUCAAUGAGAAACAAUGGUCCCCACAGCAGGCAUCUAUUCUGUUUGGAGAUGUGCUGUCCAGCACGGAUAAUUACACGGAGCUUUCUGCAUUCAUCCUGCAAGGCUUCCAGUGCAAUGUUGCCACCAAACUGACACCUGCACAGCUGUCCUCUUUGGUCCAAGAAGUGAAGAUUAAAAAUGCCAACCUGAGUGAGGAACAGCUCUCCUGCAUGGCGAAACUUCUCUCCAGGAACAACUGGGCAGCAAAUUUCACCAGUUACCCACCUGAUGUGCUGCUUUUCUUUCCUCUCAACAAAGUAAAUCAUCAGAACUGUGAAGCGUUUUACACCCUGGCUUCCCAAGGGAAUCUAACUCUGCUGGCCAACGGAUCAACCCAGAGGAACAAACUCUUGGAGAAUGCAUUGAGUUGCUUUAGAGUGGCGAAUACCUCGCUCAGCAAAGAGCAGCUGCAGAAGCUUGGAGCCCUCGUGUGUGACAUGGAUGCAGCCACCAUUUUGGACUCUGACCCGACGGUCCUGGAGAACCUGAAACUGUGUCCUGAUCUCACAGCUGCCCAGAGGAUUGCCUUAAAUGUGCUUCUGAGCAGUGGGAAGACUUCGAAAGGGUGA